AUGUGUCUUUGCCAGAUAUCAAGAAAAUAUUAUUGAAUUUUGUUAUUUCGUUUUGUAAUAAAGUUCUACAUCAUCAACCAUCAACAUUUAAAUCCCAUGAUGCAUUGCCAACGGUUCAGCAAUGGCAAAUGCAGAAUUAGUUGGAAGUAGGCAUGAGAAAAGCCUGGGAUUACUCACUACAAAAUUUGUAAAUCUGCUUCAAGAAGCAAAGGAUGGUGUACUUGAUCUCAAAGUUGCUGCAGACACCUUAGCUGUGCGGCAGAAGAGGCGUAUUUAUGACAUCACAAAUGUGUUAGAAGGUAUUGGGCUGAUUGAGAAGAAAUCAAAGAAUAGUAUACAAUGGAAAGGUGCAGGCCCAGGCUGCAACACAAGGGAGAUAUCAGACAGACUUGUAGCAUUGAAGGGAGAGAUGGACAAGCUUGCCCAGGAAGAGGCUAAGCUAGACACACACAGGGAGUGGGUACAACAGAGCAUCCGCAAUGUCACUGAAGAUAUAAAUAAUCAUCAACUAUCAUACGUCACACAUGAAGAUAUCUGUAGAUGUUUUCAGGGGGACACUCUGUUAGCCAUCCAGGCCCCCUCUGGAACACAACUAGAAGUACCCAUUCCAGAGGGAGUAUAUGCUGGAAUAGGGGGGCAGUUAUAUCCUAAAAUUACAGCUGGGCCUGUGAACCAGAAAAAGAACUACCAAAUCCAUUUAAAAAGUCAGUCAGGUCCAAUCUAUGUACUGUUAGUGAACAAAGACACAGACUCCACGAGUCCAGUUGUUGUGCAGGUCCCACCCCCCAAGGAAGGGGAGGUCAUAGAUCCUCUGGGGGCCACCAGGAUGCAUAAACCUACAUUCACCCAACAGAAAAACGUAUCAAGUCCACAGAAAUCUCCACAGAGGCCAAAACAGGAUAUUGCAUCUCCGAUGGAUAGUACUCCGGUGGCUCCAUCUAUUCCACAGCGAAUGGCUACCAGGUCAUCACCUCGUAAAAAUGCAAGUCUACCAGAAGAGUGUGCUACUCAGUUAAGUAGUGAGAUACCCGCAGACAGUGGCGACAUCUUGUUUGAUGUUGACAAGGACCCUGUAGAUGGCCAACUCAUAGAUGAACUCAUGUCCUCAGAAAUGUUUGCCCCAUUGUUACGCCUCAGUCCGCCACCUAGUGACAGAGACUAUUAUUUCAACUUGGAUGAUAAUGAAGGUGUCUGCGAUCUCUUUGAUGUUCCUCUCCUGUAGAACAUCAAUAAAUGUACUCUCAUAUAGAAAAAAAUCCUUGUGCCUCAUAUACAUGGGUUAUACCCAUUUCCAUGGAACGUCACAAUUUAGUCAUAUAGGAAUAACACCAAUGUUAAUGUCAUUUUCUCAAAUAAAGAGUUAACCCAUGGAUCUCAUCAGCAGGAAACGAGGCAGUGAAAUUGCCUGUUUUGAGGAAUAUUGAAGCAAUUAUCGGUUAAAAAGAUAAUUAAUUUCACCAAUUUUGAUGUUGUUCUUCCCAGAAUUCUAAUGAAAGCCAACCUCAAAUGGAAAUUAGUGGCAUAAGCAGAACUUGGUUACAGCUGAAUUUAUAUUACAUUUAGAAAUAAGAUGUAAGGAAAUCUGUGAAUGACAAUGAAUGAAUUACUUUCAUAUCAAAUGAAGAGAACUGAUAUGUAAGCUGAUCAUUAAAAACACAUACUAAGACCUGGAUAUAAUUCUUUCACUAGAUAUUUAUACCUUGGACCAAUCAUUGAUUUGCUGAGGACAUGUUGGAGCAAAAUAUAUAAAUUGAAGUAUCAUGGCAGCGAUUGACAAUGACUUACUAGGAGUCAUAAUGGACAUUUGUGAUUAAAUAUGGAUACUAAGUGUAAAUUUAUAGAUCGGUGACAAUUUCAAGAACAAUUGUAAAAUGUUGAAAUCUAAGAAGGCUAAUCUAAGAGAUAGAGAAUUAUAUUCAAGAAGAAUCUAAAUUAUCAAAUAAAAUUCUUGUAUUUUUAGUGUAUUUUAGUCAAUACCUUUUGCUAUUGAAUGCACUGUUUGAACUAUAGACACUACACAAAAAAAAUAAUGUUCAAUUCUUUA